CGACGAAUAAACAAGUAGCAACAUAAUGCGGUUAAUACAACAUAAACAGCUGAAAGUCGAAUGAUAUCAUUGCUUUAUGACUUUGAUAUAAGUCAAGAUUUGAAAGAAACAGCAAAUUUUACUGACGAUGUCAACAAAGGCACAUCGCAGAGCAAGCUACGAGGACAGAGUGGACCAAGACAGCCGAUUGACAGGCAAACACAUACGAACUUUGUUACACCUGCAAGAUUUACACACCGAAAACGAUCUUUUGAAAGCUAGAAUUGCUGAACUGGAGCUUGAGGAGGCAAAAGCUGCCAGAUGUGAUCUUCUGGAGCGUGAAGUAGAGAAGUUACGGGGUGAAUUAUUGAAGUGUGAAGAGCUUCAUCAGAUUGCUAAGGAAGCAAAGGAUAAGUUCCAGCAAAUGCAAAGAGACUGUUUGAUGAAGAUUGAUGAAAACUGUGCAGCUUUGACAGAAAAACACAAAAUAGAGAUCAUGAGAAUUGUGUCAGAAAAACUUGAAGCUGAAAAUUGCUGGACAAUUGAGAAGCAACAGGUUACCAAGAAAAUUGAAGAUCUUCAGAAAGAAAACAAGUUUCUGAAAGAAGAACUGGAGAUUUUAAAAAGAACAGGAUGUGAUACUGUUAAACUGAAUUCAGCUCUUCAAGAAUCAAAGGCAGCCAUUGAGUUACUGAAACAAAACUGUGAACAGUUGAAACAAGAAAAAGGGGUCCUAGAGAAGACAGUAAAGGAUUUGAGUAUGAAAAAUGAAACUCUCUCAUCAGAGGUGGACAGUUUGAAAUCUAGGAUAGCUGUUCUGGAAAUGCAGACAAAACUUUCACGAGAAGCUAAAGCUGAGGAGCAGGGUAAAGCCAUGGAAACUAAUAAGCUAAAAGAACAGGAUGAGGCUGAAAUAGCUAAGUUGAAAGGACUUAUUCAGAAACUAGAGAGUAAAAAUGAAGCCCUUACAGAAGCUAACGAAAAACUAGAAAACGGCAACAAACUUUUGGAGUUCAAUAUUCAGGAUUCUGCUCAGACCUUGAAGCACAUGUACAAAGAAAGAGACUUGCUUAAAAACAGGAUUACAGGACUUCUCAAUGAAAUAGCAGCUAUGAAGUCACAAACACCGGAGAAACACACAUUUGUUGACUUUGUCCAUCUUAAACGGGAUUACAAUGCACUGAAAGAUGAACACGAAAAGCUUCUCAAGAAAAGAGUCUCCAAAACGAAUGUGUUACCAACUUUGAAGGGAGAUGCCACAGUUGUUGCACGGGCAACAAGCGGUGGGACUGUGAGAAAUGGAGCACAAGUGGGAGGGGUGGGUGCUUUCUGGUAGCAGAAGGCUCUUUUUACGCCAACUUCCCUCCCCCAUUUCUUAAUGCAGAUGCUUUCCAAGGUAGAUGAUGUACCCUGGCAUUUGGUGAAAAAAAUGUUUUUCAGGUGCAACUUGCAAUUAUCUAUUCCUGUUUUAAGCUAGGAGAGUUUUGUAUUUCAUCGUUUGGUACUGUACGUAUAGUAUAUGUUGAGAAUGUUUAUGCUUCGUCAAUGUACGUUAAACAAUUUGAACUGGCUUUUUAAAUAGAGGAGACUGAGAUGAUUCGGUCUGGUUAGUUUGGUAGAUUUGUUUUUGGCAAACUAUUUAACUCAUAAUUCUGCACAAUUACCCGCUCAAUCGAUUUAUCGAUUUCCGUAUUUAUUCAACACAGUAAUUAUAAGGAGCGUAUUUUACAAAGCUAUUUAUAGCAAACUCGGUAUUUAACUUCGUUAACUUGGAAGGUAUUUAACUGCAGACCCAAAUGGUAUUUGGUGUGAUUUCUGUAGUCUUUUAGAUUUCAGCAGCACCAUGAUGUACGAGAAAAGUAGUAUGACAUAGUAAGCGGAUGUAAUUGUAAAUAACUAAUUUUUCCAUUGAAAAUGGGGAAGUUAAACUGCCCUUAAAAACCUAGAUUUCUGUAACUGAUAACGAGACAAAAGAGAGUAGAUUUUAGUAUAAAUGUAUGAAAAGUGGGCGAAUGUGCAAUAAAAUGUUUACACGUAUGUUA